AUGCCGACGGCUCCAAUUUCGACCAUAAACGGAUGUUGGCUGAUGGAGGUUGUUACAGUGCUUUGUUAUUGGGGUGGGACAACCUGUGAUGGACUGGAUGGUAUAAAUUAUAGCAAAGCUCCAAAAAAAAAGCAAUCAAUAUAUCCAUCGGUUGGUAUUGGAAAUGUUGUAAAAUACAUUCCUCUUCCCAUCAAAGAUAAUGAUGAUGUUGGCAUCAUGUUUGAUGUGCUUCGUGUCCAUCAAGAAGUAAGUAACAUUGAUCUCUAUUUAGAGGUUGAAGACAUUGAUCAAAUUCAACACAUAGAGAUGGAAUCUAGCAGAAAUCAUGAACCAGUUGUGCUAGAAGAGCAAAGGAAUAAUGAAUUACUAUUACAUAAUACGAACCAUGCUAAUGUCAUAUCAGAUAUGAUUCAUAAUGAAGAUUUCUACACAAUUUCUCAUGUUGUUGUUGUGAGUAAUGGAAUAAUUAGUGACAAUGAAAUUGAUGAAGAAGAUGACAUUGGAGAAGAAUAUGAUGAAGAAGAUGGAGUUGACAUCACUCAAGAACAUGAACCACCACAUGUAGAUAAGGGUGAAACAUCUUUUGACAACAACUAUCAAGUACCAUCAACUUUUACCAGUAUAGAGGAAACAAACGUGAUUAGUGAUGGUAAUUGGACUGUUUCACGAUCAAUAAGCAAGAAUGAUUUUACACGGGAGCUGGAAAAAUAUUCUUUCAAGGAUAGAGAAGAACUUAUAAGAGCUAUCAAGCUCCAAUGCAUUAAGACAUAUAGACAGUUUGAAGUCAUUGAGACACAGCCAACUCUAUGGAGCAUAAGAUGCAAGUUGCAUUUACAAUCUAGUUGUAAAUGGCAACUUCGUGCAAGAAAACGAAAAGGAAGUGGAAAUUUUGAAAUUACAAAGUACAUUGGUCCACAUACUUGUUUAAACAACAAUAUUUCUCUAGACCAUACAAACCUAGAUGCAAGCUUGAUCGCUCAGGAAACCAAACACCUUAUAAAAGAGCAACCUUCUAUUGGUGUUCCUGCUCUGAGAGCCGAAAUAGUUGAUAAAUUAGGCUAUACUCCUUCAUACAAAAAGCUUUGGACCGGAAAGCAGAAGGCAAUUGAACAAAUGUUUGGCAAUUGGGAAGAGUCGUAUGCGGCUUUACCAAAAAAAUUCGGCGCACUUCAUAAGUUCAAUCCAGGGACUAUAGUCGAGUGUAUUGAUGGCACACACUUGUAUGAUAAGUACACGGGAAAGAUGUUGAUUGCAAUGGGAGUUGAUGGUAAUAAUCAGAUUUUGCCACUUGCAUUUGCUAUUGUAGAAAAUGAAUCAUAUGAUAGUUGGAAUUGGUUUCUUUCUUAUAUCAAGAGUCACGUGGUGAAAAAGCGUGAAGGCAUUUGUUUAAUAUUUGAUCGUCAUUUGGGAAUUCUAAAGGUAUUGUUUAUGACAUUUACCAACAACUUUAAUGACAAGUUUCAUAAUUCAAAAUUGAAAGCUUUAACUUAUCGUGCCGGGAGUCAGAAUCAAGUUCGGAAAUUCAACUCCAUCAUGGAAGAAAUUGGGAAGUUAAAUCCACAAGCUCGGCAGUGGAUAGAGAGGCAUCCACUUGAUACAUGGACACUUGCACAUGAUGGUGGGAGGAGAUAUGGGCGUCUCACAACAAAUGUUAAAGAUUUUUAA